AUGAGUCUGUUUGUCAGCGAUGAUGAAAUAGACGAGCCCAUGGAAGGGGUCACUGGUUCCAUGGAUGGUGGUUACAUAGAUGAUCUGGACGACCCUGUGGUCGAAGAGAUCCCAAUCAGCUUCAAACCCAUUUCAGAAGCGGAACUUUACUUGCUGCAAUUUCCCAAUAAAGCCGCCAAUAGUGCUUAUGCGAAGCAUGAAAUAGCAAAUAUUUCCGAUGCAAAGGUCAAAUCACAGUCUGGGAUAAUAGAGGUGGAGAUUCCGGUUGACAAAUCGCGAUUUUUCGACCAGGAGAAGUCUGAGAAAUGGUUUAAUGUGGAAGCUCAGACCCUGAGUGGUGUAUCGAGCGAUGCCCAGGGUUAUUGUGCUGGUCAGUUGGUUAACGGCGAACUCUGUCUGUUUCCACUUGCGAAAACAAUGCAGUUACGGCCUUCCUUCAAGUACGUUGACGCUUUAAGGGCCUUCCGAAACGAAUCAGCCAGGGCUACUGAUCUACACCAUGGGCCUGAUGCCAGAGACAAGAAAAAGGAUGUCCAGGUGGUGCAGAUGUCAAUGAAGACCGUGGGCGACAACGCCCCACGGCUGGGCGGCGCGCUGCAGUCCAAGAAGAGGGAAGAGGAAGAGCGAUAUGAGUCGUAUGAGUUCAGGGCUCAGCAUGAUGAAGCCUCGGUAUCUGUUUUAAAGUCCCUGAGGCAGAUGUCCGACUCCGAGCUCCGACUCGAAACUCGCGCAGACAACCUCGGAGGAUUGUUGGAAUGA